CCAGUUUAUUUUUUAAUAGAGAAAAAGACUCACUAUGAGGUAAACAGAUGUUCUCAGUGUCUAGAUAACGUUCAACAUCUUUCACAUCCAAUAUCCAUCUAAAUUAUAAGUGCGAACAUAAGUUGAGAAUUACACCUAAGUUCACAUAGCAAGCGCACCUUAUCACGCGCGCAUAGAAGCGUCCUCGCGCACACUGGGCGUGUUUACAUUAUUUUGCGCGAUAUUUUACGCGACCUGUCAUUUGGCGAAUUGACUGCAGUUGUGUCGAUGUGGAGGCGUUUGAGAUGAACCCUUUCUUCACUACAGUACAUACGUAAGGCCUACAGCUUAACAGUCCUGCACCCAAUGGGUUGCUUGUUUAGGAGGCUCAUACAAGGAGGACAUCAUGAAUCUGAAUGAGAAGAAGCCCAACAAGUGGUGGACUGAACCUGACACGUUCACCAUGUUGGCACUCAUAGAGCGGAUGGGUCUGGUCCACGAGCUGGAUAAGAAGCGCCAGCGCAACGAGUCCCUCUUCCGUCGUCUCCGGCUGAGCCUCGCCAAACGCGGCAUCCACUUCACCGUCACCCAGAUCCGAAACCGCUGGAAAAGCCUUAAACACAAAUACAGAAAGAUCAAACUGGCGAGCUACCGAAGUCCCACGGCCCGCCUGUCUGCCAUUGAGUCUUUCCGAUAUUUCCACAUGCUGGAUCACAUGUUGGUGCGCAGACCCAAUGCCGAAAACGAGGAUGAGCUCGCAGACGAUCACGUUGGACGAUCGCUCGCUGACUUGGAUCACCACACAGAUAAUUCAUGGCUUGAAAGCGUCAUCCCUAAAUCUGAUCAUGAGAACAUGACGUCUAAUUUGGAAACCGAUGUGGAGGAGAGUGGGAAUCCAGAAGAUUUGGCUAACUCUGAACCUCCGAGCUGGGCCGUGGGACCAGAUGAAGUUAUGACUCUUGGCUUGUCAGGAGAAUAUCUCUAUGCAGUGAAGAAUUUACCACCAUCUCUAUGCAAUCCCAACAGUACAGAAAGUACAGUAGAGGCCGCUGACUGCAGCCAGGAUGAUUAUCCAGGAACUUCACAGGACACCAGCAGCCUCAUUCUGCAGCAGCUCACCGUCUUAAACCACCAGCUUGGAGAACAGCUGGCAGAACAAAAAGCCUUCCAUUGCACCAUGCUGGGAAUGAUGGAUCGCCAGAUACAGGUCCUGGAGCAGCUCUCCAACUUCACCAGAAACCACCAACCUAAACCCGAAUCCACUGCGACGGACUCCUCCAUCAGUCAGAAAGUACAUGAAGCCCUGCUGCGCAUCCUGGGGCAAAUGGAGCAGACUCAAACACAAACACUUCAGCCAUGUUCGGCCCUUUCCCCCAUGCCAAAGACAGAACCUUCACCUUCCUCCUGGAAGGUCUCUGUUUUGGAAGUUCACAAGAGGUCACCCUCGGUUGAGGUGGAGUUAGGCAAUGAGACUCCGCAAACUACAGAGGAGGGCAAACACAGCCCCUCUAGUCCACCUUCUUUAGAGCUUUCAUCUUUAACCAAGAACAAUGUUUUGCAGAAUGGAUUGUGUAAUCACAAUUGAAUGCUGCUUAUUUGGGACUCUUUAUGCUUUUAUCAAUAGGAACAGGUAACAGAUGUUUUAAUAGUUCAUGUCUAAAGAUCUUUGCACACUGAGUCUGAAAUUUAGGUUAAAAUAUAAAUACGACUUCAUGUUGUGUCAGUCA